UUGAACCAUUUGGUUAUUUAGUGCUCUAUUCGUAUGCCUUAGCCCGCGGUGUGUGAUAACUGCGUUACGAAGGCCUGAAGCCUUUGGUGUAUGGAAAGACUUGAUUCUCUACUUUGUCGAUUAGAAAAAGUAACUAUUCUUCUUGAAGCAGCUGUCGUUAACAAUAUGUAUCGGACAUCACCAAUUAAAAUAUCUUCGGAAAGUGGAAAUCCUUCAUCAAUCAAGGAAUUUCAUGAAAUAGUCACUAGCCCUUUAUCGGAAUACGUACGUAAUAGUUUCGAAAUUGGAGAUAUUGUUGGAAAUCACGCCUCCAUGGUUAAACAAUGUUUUUUGAUGCAAGAAGGAAUAAUCAAAUUGGCAGCUGAAUGCUCAAAACCUUCUGACUCUGAACUUAAGCUUAUUAUAACACCAUUAGGAAACCUAAUAGAAGAAGUUAUCAAAUUUAAGGAUAAUAAUCGAAGCAGUAACUUUUUUAACCAUCUUUCAGCUGUGGCUGAGUCUGUUACAGCUCUAGGCUGGCUAAGUGAUACUGUUGCACCAUCGACGUACGUUAAAACCAUGCAAGAAGCCGGUGAAUUCUUUACGAAUCGUGUUCUUAUGGAAUACAAAAACAACGACACAAUUCAUCGUGCUUGGAAAAAAUCUUUAAUGUCUGUUUGGACUGCAUUACAAGUUUAUGUUAACAAGCAUCAUACCACUGGUUUGGUUUGGAAUGCUCGUGGUAAACCAGCUGUGGCAUCGAAGCUGUCUAAGUCUUCGCCUACUCGUGAAGUUAAUUCCAAUUGUUCUGCACAAUCACCCCCUGUACUUACAGCUUCUCAUUUAGCUGCAAUGUCAUUGCAAGCAAACGAUAACGCAACACAGUCUAAUUUAUUUGCUGAUCUGAAUCGUGGAACAGCGGUGACAUCUAAUCUGCGCAAAGUGACUGACGAUAUGAAAACACAUAAAAAUCCCAAACUUCGUGAAGGACCUAUUAUCCAUACAUCACGAAAUCAAGUGAAUUCAUCAUCGAAUAAUCCCACUGUCCGACCACCAGCCGAGAAAGAGCCGUCGGGGGCUGGAUGUUUGGAACUAAGGGGUAACAGAUGGAUUGUAGAAAAUUUCCAGUCUGCCGGAAAUUUACAAAUUGUUAGUACCGAAACAAAACAAACAGUUUGUAUUCAUAAAUGUAAUGAAUGCACAGUUCAAAUUAAGGGGAAAAUUAAUUCAAUCAUGAUGGAUAAUUGUAAGAAAACCGGUGUAGUCUUUGAUCAUCUGAUCUCAUCUAUUGAUGUGGUGAAUUGUCAGAGUGUUAAAAUUCAGUGUCUUGGACAACUAUCAACUGUGAAUAUUGACAAGACAGAUGGAUGUCAAGUGUUCUUAAGUGAAGACUCAAAGUAUGCUGAUGUGAUCACAGCAAAAUCUUCAGAGAUCAAUAUCCUCAUACCUAAAGGAACUGAUGAUUUUGAAGAGUUCGCAGUCCCAGAACAAUUUAAAACAAAUUUUACUGGAAAAGGGUUGAAAACAGUGUGUAGUGAUUCUAGAUAAGAAAUGUUACUUCAAUGUUCGUCAUACACAUACGUCAACAAUAUUGAAAAUUUUCAUUUUAAACAGCCACUUUAUCUUGCUUCAUGUACUAGUACAACAUUUUUGUUCAAGCGCAAUACAACACAGUGCUUUUCUUGAUAGUUUAAUUUGACUGUGUCAAUCUUUGACUUUCAAUAUCAGGCACCUGUUGUUUUAUCUCUUUUAAUAGUAUUUGCUUUUUUAUUGCUUGUUUAAAAAUAUACAUGUGAUGAUUUUUACAUCGGUCUGUGUAAUCCGUCAUCAUUAUUGUGUGGUUAGUCUGUUUAUUGUGCAAUGCUAAGAUGCGAUUUCAUAAGUAAAAUAUUAAAUAACGUUAGGAAUAAUAA